UGGAAGGGCCCUGCACUGGGAGGCAAAGGAAAGGAGGUUAGUAAAGGACGUACUCCUCGGGAGGGACCCAGAGCCACUGAGAUUCGGAAGGCCACGCUGGCCUGUUUGGGUGGGCAUCCAAGUGGGUCGGAGAGUUCAGUCAUGUUCGCCCACGCGGUGAAGCGCGCCCUGCGCAAGAAUAAGACCCUUCGCUACGGAGUUCCAAUGUUGUUGCUGAUUGUUGGAGGUUCUUUUGGUCUUCGUGAGUUUUCCCAAAUCCGUUAUGAUGCUGUGAAGAUUAAAAUUGAUCCUGAGUUAGAAAAAAAACUGAAAAUGAAUAAAGUGUCAUUGGAAUCAGAGUAUGAGAAAAUAAAGGACUCUGCUUUUGAUGACUGGAAGAAUAUUCGAGGACCCAGGCCUUGGGAAGAUCCUGACCUCCUCCAACGACAAAAUCCAGAAAUCCGUAACACUAAGACAACUUGACUAUGCUGAUUCUUUUUUUUUUUUUUUUU